AUGCUACAAACAAUCACCCAAAACCACAAACUUUUGUUACGUAUAGGAGCUGAUUCUGUGAAACCUGUUUUAUAUAGGAGUACAGUGCGGAACAACUCAUGGUGGUCCAAGAUAAUUUAUCCGUUCACCCAGGAAGAGAACAUUUCACCAUCGCAAUCAUAUGUGAAGACAGGGAAGAAUCAGUGUUUUUUACCUAUCAGGAACGACAAUGAAUUGAAUGACGUACUUCUUUUCAACAACCGUCUCCCCUUAAUCUUAAACUUCACCUUUAGAGGAAAUGAGACAUGUAAUAAAUUAACUGGAGCGUUAAACAGGAUUGUACUUUUAGAAACGGAUAAGAGAAUUAAUAUCUGUGAUGUGGAGACUGAUUUCCUAGAAACCAGAGAAGCGAUGUUACGGUUUGGUGUCACACAGAUCCCAACCUUAGUUGCUGUGAGGAAAACUUUCCCGGUAGAUACAUUCACUCAACCGGAUCUCACUUCUCAAGAUGUGAAUUGGCUUCAGUUGAAAACUUGGAUCGAGAAGAAUGCCGAUGAAUGA